AUGACGAGAACUACAUAUGGCGACAACCUCGUCGUCACAGACCGAGGCGGCGUCGUCGAGAACACGCACGAGAUCCACGCAGCCGUGACAGACGCGGACGGCCGUCUACUUUUCUAUGUCGGCAAUCCCCACCGCAUCACGCUGAUCAGAUCGGCGGCCAAACCGAUGCAGGCACUGGCUGUGGUCGAGACGGGUGGCGCUGACCAGUCCAGCUUUGACAGCGUAGACCUCGCGCUCAUGUGCGCGUCGCAUAGCAGUGAGGAGCGCCAUGUCCAGAGGGCGCGCCAGAUGCUCGACAAGGUCGGCGCCACGGAAGACGACUUGCGUUGCGGUGGCCAGCCGUCCAUCACUCCACAAGUCACGGAGGGCUGGUGGAGGGACGGGGUCACGCCCACGGCUGUCUACAACUGCUGCUCGGGGAAACAUGCCGGGAUGCUGGCGGGUGCGAAAGCACUUGGUGCGCCAUUGACAGACUACCAUGUGCAGGACCAUCCCAUCCAGCAGCGCGUCAAGAGAGCCGUCGAAGAGGUUGCCAAUCUAGCGCCCGACGAGAUCAUAUGGGGCAUCGACGGUUGUAACAUGCCAGCACCGGCGUAUCCGCUCACCGCUUUGAGCCAGAGCUAUGCGUUAUUUGCAAAAGCAUCAAGCGACCUGGCGAGGGAUGCAGCGACCACAGAACGUGAGAGGUGGAUGGGGCGGAUAUACGACGCUAUGGCUCGACACCCUGAACAGGUGGGCGGCGAUGGUCGAUUCUGCACGAUCCUGAUGGAAGCCUUUGAGGGGCGACUCAUCGGGAAACUGGGCGCUGAUGCGUGUUAUGCCAUUGGCGUCAAGGAGUCAGAGGAUACCAGACGUCUUGGUGCCAAGGGCGCCUUGGGUUUGGCCGUCAAGGUUGGCGAUGGCAGCUAUAGCAUCCUCUAUGCUGUGCUGGCUCACCUGUUGGAGCAGCUCGGCAUAGGCUCGCCGGGCGAGAGGGAGGCCCUCAGGGCGUUCCAUGAGCUGAAGAUGGUCAACAGCAUGGGCGUGCAGACUGGCACUGUCAACUUCCAGUACAAGUUGCACUCGGUGCUCUGA